GGAUCAUGCGCGGGCCGUGGGGAAGCCUAUCAUCGAUAUAAGGCCUCGGGAGGCGCUCGAGCGCAGAUCAGCCGUCCGCCCCUCUGUACCUCGCUCAGCUCGUCACAAAAUGCCCAAGGAAGCCGUCUUGACUCUGAACGCGCCGCCCCCGCUCCCGGGCAUCUACUCGCAGGCGAUCAAGGCCGGUGGGAUGGUGUACUGCUCGGGCGCGGUCCCGAUGGACGCGAAGACGGGCAAGCUGAUCGACGGCGAUGUGAAGGCGCACACGCACCAAUGCAUCAAGAACCUGAGCGCGAUCCUGGAGGAGGCGGGCACGAGCCUGAACAACGUUGUAAAGGUUAACGUGUUCCUCUCGAACAUGGACGACUUCGCCGCCGUGAACGAGGUGUACAAGGAGUACUGGGGUGAAGUAAAGCCGUGCCGGACGUGCGUGGCGGUCAAGACGCUCCCUCUCAACACCGAUGUUGAGAUCGAGUGCAUUGCAACCCAAAACUAAGAGGUGGAAUGCGUAUAGGGAUAUCUGAGCCUGUAUCUUUAGCGGACGUACUUGGAAUUCACCGUGUAUCAUGGCAGCACUCGUUGGACACCGAUCGCCACCAUCGCAAGCUCAAGGCCACUGCAUUUACUGCGUCCCGG